AUGCCAAUGCUGGGCCGUCCGGCUUCCCGCGCGAUUGUAUCGCAGCCUCUUCUACGCCACUUUAUCCGGACUUGCUCAUCCUCGAGCUUUCCCUUCUUGAGAUCAACCUUUUCUUCUACCGCAUCUAAAGCUGCUGCUACCACCUACCGAUACUCCACUUCCACCGAAACCUCCCAGCUUCUACGCAAACUCCCAACCUUCCAAUCCCAUCGCGUCCGAAAUAUGGCUACCCAGCAUAUUCCCGACCGCUACAAACUCGUUUUCUUCGUGCCGCACUCCCACCUUGACGUCUGCAAGGAUGCGGUGUUCGCUACUGGUGCCGGAACAUUUCCUGGCGGCAAGUAUUCCAAAUGCUGCUUCCAGACACGGGGAACCGGACAAUUCCUGCCAGGAGAGGGUGCCAAUCCCGCAAUUGGCUCGGUCGGCGACGUGGAGUAUGUCGAGGAGAUGAAGGUGGAGGUUAUGUGCUUGGGACGGUCGAUUAUGCUGCAGGCUGUGGAGGCUUUGGUGAAGGCUCAUCCGUACGAGGAGGUCGCGUAUGAGGUUUACAAGAUGGAGAAUGUGUAA